ACCAGGAGUUAGGGGAAUCUGCUUUCCAGGCUCGCCUGGUAAUGCCUCUCGGCACGAUAGCAGUUGAUCGAACUGUACUCAUCGACAUGUCCCAGAGGAUAAAGCUCCAACUUGCAGCGUGGUCGGGAGAGGACUCGAAUGAAACGAAACCAUAUUCUCCAGCAAGUGCAGAGCAUGGUACAAAUACCAACUCCCGGGCUUGGGUUUCGCCCGCAUUCCAAUCAACCUACCCAUCCUUUCAUACCUGUUGUCCGCCCGGAGAAAAAAACGCAGUUUUGUCUGAUCAGCAAGUUUGUGACGGAGAUUCACCCAACAUACUUCCAAGCGCGGAAGUCCCCACAGUGGAUGCAGGGAAAGAUAGUGAUCUUCACAAUUUCAAAGGUCAGACAAAAUCUCCAAGCAAGCAGGUAGCAAAACCACCAAAACAUCGGCGACUUGCUGCAAACGCACGCGAAAGGAGAAGAAUGCAUGGAUUAAAUCAUGCUUUUGAUGAACUGCGAAGUGUGAUUCCAGCUUUUCAUAACGAUAGGAAAUUGUCAAAAUACGAAACACUGCAAAUGGCACAGAUCUACAUCGCAGAGUUAACUGAACUUCUGCAGAAUGUGAGUGAUGGAGAAUCGUCUCCUCACUCGCAUUCCAGUGACUGGGAGGAGGAACAGCUUGGCGGUACGCCGUGCCACGGCGGAGAAUCACUCCCAUAUCGCCAGGGAGCAGAAAGCCAAUUAGGCUAAAACUUAAAAAGAAACUGAACUUAUUAAAAAAACUUAUAACUUCUCAAUGUAGAGAGUGGAACAGAAUAAAUUUAUUUUUAUAUUAAUUCCAAAUAGCGAUAAAAUGGUUUUCUCGCGCAAUUUUGCGAUCGCCUGUUGCACUUUAAGAAUACUACAGCUGAAUCUAUUAAGUUAUGCAUAGUAAAAUCCAAUCAGAAUGAAGCAGAAUUCAUGACAUUGUUGAGAUAUUACUCCAUUCUUAAUUUUUAGCGUGUGUAAUAUUUCAUUAUUAAUUGUUGCGCUGUUUUCAUGGUCGACGUUAAUGCGGUCAUUGAAAUGCGAGUAGAUAGUGGUCUUUGCUACUAUCACGUCACGUUUUGCCCUUCAGUGGAACAUGUUCCAGCAAUAAUUCUAGGAUCAUCUUCAUCGUAAAAUAUUAAGGUUGAAAUUAAUUCGAUAGACUUAUUCAUGAAAAAGUAUGCUGUAAAAUGAAAUUAUUCUUUAGUUUUCAAUAAAUUUACAUUU